GCAGGCAAGUCCUUGAGGAAAAAUACUCUUUGCUGCCUGGUGUCAGGGAAAAUGACACCGCAUCUGCCAUGAGAUACUUCACUGUCACCUGCUCUUACCAUGUAUCACUGAUGUGUGAUGCUAAAGCGGUUUCACUUGAAUACAUGGAAAUUGGACUUAAGCAAGGAGGGCCAAAGUGAAAUGAAAGCAACAGUGCUCAUCUCAAGCUCUGUUCACAGUUGGGGAAACAGGAGAGUAAGCCGGGACUGCGAUGGUCUUUAGGAUCUCGAUCCUUUUCACUGUGAAAAUCAUGCAAACAUCAGUGAGAACUAACAGUUUAAAGAAUCCAGUGGUCUCCCUUUUUAAGAGAAACGAAUGAAGACAAAGAAUUGCAAUGAAAGACUGUAUUUCUCAAUGCAUUCUUCUGUUCAGAAAAAUUAUUGAUGGCCUUUUUGUUUUUCUUUUUUAAAGAUCACUGCUGAGAAAAAUGACAGCUGGCUCUGUCUCAGUUCCUCAGGUCAUCCCACUGCGAAUCCCUCUUCCAGGGAAGGCUAAACAUGAAAUAGACACAAAUACUCUCAUAGAGAUAAAAUCAGAUACACCUGAGGUCUCCAUUUAUUAUACUUUAGAUGGAAGCAAACCAGAACUCAUCAGGAAACCUGGCUAUGGAGAGCAUAACAGUUUUAAGUAUAAGGGUCCUAUCCUAUUACCCGUUGGGAAAAUAACAGUGAAGGCACUGGCAGUUACAAAGGACUGCAGGGAGAGUACAGUUGUAACAAAGGUGUUCCUGGUAGAGUAUAAGGAACCAAACGUCCUCUUCUCUGUUGAAGGUGAUGAUAAGAAUUUCCUAAAAGAUAUCACCACACGGGAGAGCGAAGGUGGAAUGCUUAUUACAAAGCCAAAGAAGAAUGGACUGAAUGUGGAAAUCAAGCCUGCCUGGAGUGAAGCACCCCAAGAUUUUCACGACUUGGAAACAGAAAGAAAGACUGCUCAGCGGUCCCUGCAAGGACCACAGCUCCGUGCCAGCCGUUUGGAAGCAACAGACUACAGAGAGGAAUCCACCCCAGGACUACCAACAGAGUUGUUACAGUUGGCUAGCUCUUCUGCAGUGACUAGCAGGAAAAGCUUAGCAAGCACACAGGUGGCAAGGAUCCAGAGGGAAACAGAUUUCCUCAAAUGUGCUCACUGCUCUGCACCUCGCCUGUCCGACCCCUUGGCACACUUCUGUCAGGAAUGUGGAUCUCCUAUCCCACCUGUGCCCGUACAUCGUCGCUUCCCACCCCCUGAAGGAGCGCAGAUGGCACCGUGUCUUGAAUGCGGACAUCUUGUGCCGAUGAACACACCCACCUGCAUUGUAUGUGAGGCGCCAAUCGCUCCACAACUGCAACCCCAAACCAACAACUGCGUAAAGGGUAAAGUGAUUUGCCAGGCGUGUGGCACAGGAAAUCCUCUUCACCAUAAACACUGUGUGACUUGUGAAAGCAAACUGCCCGAAAUACAGACGCCCACGUUUGGAGGAGACGCUCCCCCGCCGUAUCCCAACCCGCAAAGGAAGACAGUGUCCUGCUCAAAAUGCAAUCGUGUUAACCAGUGCGAUGCCCGUUUCUGUGACUGGUGUGGAGCCAAGCCCGGACCUCUUCCAUCCUACUUUACUUGUCCCAAGUGUGGUACAAGCAACCGUCCCUACGCUCGCUUCUGUGGGUCCUGCGGUGUUUACAUAGAGCCUCCCUCAAGGGUGGGCUCUCAGAAGGGGAGUCUCAUGGAUGCUGGGGACUCACCAGGGUUUUCUGAGGCUAAACGAUUUCAAGCUCAAGUUGCCUGGCAGUCUCUUCCUUUUUCCUUGCCCAAAUCAAAGGCAGAACUAAAAGAAAGAGAAGAUAAAGGAACCCAAACCAUUGGACUUUUUUACCCAUCUAGCAAACUGUUGGAAAAGAAGGAGCUUGAGCUGAUUUCACAAAAAGAAAAGCUGGAAAAGAUGAGUGAUCAUAAGCCUCUCCUGACAGCUAUUAGUCCUGGAAAAGGUUACUGGAGAAAACAGCUGGAUCACGUCUGCGCUCACCUGAGAAGCUACACUCAGAACAACCUGGAAUUCCGAGCACUGAUUGGAGAACCUCGAAUGGGAAAGAUUAAUUCUGCUACCAUCCACGAGGAUGACUCUGAAGUCACUAUUACAUUGAAUUACGCUCUUGCUAUUAACAAGGAUAUUCAUACUAAUAAACCAGUGAAGUUCAGCGGGCAUUACCUGAACACUGUAACAGAAGUCAGAGGUGGACAGCAUGGCAGGCAGACUAGUUUUGGCAAAGAUGAUCAUAAUAUUUUCCAAUCUAGAGGCAAAAUGAAGAGAACAAAGUCAAGAACACUUACAGAAAAAGAAGAUAAGCUCCCUUCAGAGUCCAGACAACUACUGGAUGAACUGGGUCCAAAUGGGAAAGGAAGAGUCACCUUGGUAGAACAAUUGCUCAGUGAAGGAGCUGACCCAAACUGCACCAGUGAGGAGGACCCACCUGCUCUCACACUUGCUGUCCUUAACAAGCCCACGGAAGCCAUCUCUCUUCUCGUGCAGGGAGGCGCUGACAUCGACCAGCGCUCAGGGCCCUGCAACGCAAGCACGGAAAAGGAGAAUGCAAAAGGGCAGUCAGCGUACGAUUUGGCUGUUACAGGUGGAAAUAAUGAAGUGAUUUCAUUGUUUGCAAGAUGGAGCUGGAGGUUCUCGGAGUUGGGGAGCACCCAAAGAGCACGAGGCCAGUUCUUCUGUGGGUUUCACAGCCCCACACAAGCCACUUGGGUCCCAUAGCCACCAGCUACUUGGUACUAGAUUCCCCAGCUCCUCCCCAGCAGUUCAGAGCACAAUUCUUCACUGUCUGCGCGCUGUUCUGUAAGAUUUCUUUUCCUUUCCAAACUUGUGCAAGGAGAGGGACCAACCAAACCUUUCAAGGCAGAAGGAGAUUUUUAAGGAGACCUGACG